GCUCAUGUGCAGAUCGGGAUGCCAUGCAGCAGUGCUCAUCAGCCGGAACGGUGUGCCGCAACACAGAUGCCAACACACACGGCUGUUGUUGCAACAAGACGUUGUUAUUCUCGCCCAAUCAGGCCAGGUGCUUCAUGGACGAAGCAUGUAACCUGAGAUGUGUCGAGCCCGUGUUUUACAGUGGCCGACCAGUUUUCCCCAAGAUGUGCAAUGUUGGGGCAUUCUGCAAGCUCAGUACACAGGGGAAACGCAAGAAUUGCGGGACGACGCUGCGUCCCGUGAAGAAGAUUUCCAAGAAACAUGGCCAGUGCUGUGUCGACCCGGAUCUUUCAAUCGACGAGCAGACAACGAAAGGUUGUUGCAACCAUGGUGUUGGUAUUGAUUGCACCGAUCGACACAAGCGGCCGUGCUGUCUGGGUGUUACCAACUCAUACGACCAUGAUCCGCUUGACUGGUGCCAGCGGAACUGCACUGGGCAGAAGACAUGUGCCAAUGGCUAUGGCUUCGACUGUCGGGGAUCGCCAGAGCAACCUGGAAGUGAAGGGAAACGACAUUGCUGCUUGAACAGUAGGGGAACGGUUUCUCCACAUGAUCGCUGUCAGCGCCAGCAGCGUGACUGCCUAAGUCGCUAUGCUCCUUGCCCUCUUGACAGUAACGGCAUUGAGAGCCUUGGGCGUGACUGCAGCAAGUCUUCCCAGAAUCCUUCGGAGUACAUGUGCUGCAUUUCAAGCUCGAACUCAGCUUGUCGCAGCUCUUGCGACGGAUACGUUUGGGAGCAAGUGGCAAGAUUUGCUCUUUUCACAUGUGGUGGCGUGGCAACCUUUGCCAUCUUCCUUUACGUCUGUUAUUGUUGCACCCGGUACUGCGGCAGGAAGGGGCAAGAUUGGGCCCGAUCUAUUUCACACAUGCAGACAGUGAGAGUGGUGGAGCGAGGGGGAGGACGUGAGUUACACGCCAUUCCCUAUAAAGAGCACUACGCUUUCAUUGCCACUGCACAAGACUAUGGUCAGGCCACAGGGUAUGCAUCACUUCGAAAUCCAAACUGUGAUGGUGAAAGCAUCGAGAGUUGCUUGCGAAGUCACGGAUACGACCGGAAUCACGUACUUCGAGUUCCUAGCGCUACCAAGACUCACUUCCUGUCCAGCUUGAAGCAAGUUGUCCAGAGCAUGCAAGGCAAAGACCGGGUACUUGUGCUGGUAUUCAUGUCUGGCCACGGUAAUGAGGUGCUCGGAUCCCUAGCGUGGGCUGGCGAGGAUGUGGUCAACGGUGACCAUGAUACCUACGUGUUCCUUCCAGAGAUCUUUCAGGACCUGCGGGAAAUUCACACGCGGCAAGGAGCCGCCAAAUUUGGUUGCGAGCAAGUGAUCUCAAGAGCGCAUUUCGUCUUCUUCUUGGACUGCUGCAGGGAGGUCCGGACACCAAGUGCGAAGCUGCCUGACCAAUGGAAAUCGCGGCGUGCCUCACCCUUUGCAGAUGGCAACCGGGCUGCUAUCUCGUUGGUGUAUGCAACGAGCCGGGGGUGUCUGGCUCAAGACGCCAGCAAGGCCUCGCCAAACCAUAGCCCCUUUGCUCGCGCGUUCGUGGAGAGUGCGAGGGAUUUUCAAACUCUUCCGGAGUUGCUGCCGCGGAUGAAGGACGCACUCGAACAAGCAUCGGGGGCCCGCCAGGCAAUCGAGCUCGUUCAACUUGAUUACAAGGCAGAGAUCACCACCAUCUUUCCGCUCGAGAGCCAGGAGAAUGAUAUCCGAGAGCACUCCAGCCAACCUUUGCUGUCGACCAUAUCGACUUCUACCGGACAAUCCUCAGCACAGGACGGACCACAAGUGUCAACGUCCUCGGCCUCCAUGGUGUAA